GAGCACCUAACUCCAUUCAAAAUCUGUCAAUUUUUAUUUUUCGCGUAAUAUCAAAUAUAUUGGGCCUGGUAUUCCAUGAUAACCAUGAUCCAUACAUAUAAUCAAAGCAUAUUUGAUAGGAGCCUACAUAGGUGCCUUUGUCAUCGGUAGCAUUGUAUUAAUUGGAGAUAGAGCAAUGUCUUCAAGAAUCCCAAGAGGUGUGCAGUUACCUGCAGAAACAAAGAAAACCGUUCAUAAACUUGAAUCCAGAGACACAGUAACUGUGUCUGCAACAACAAAUGCUGCCCAAAAAUCAGAUGGUGUCCUAAAAUCUCAAAAAGAAUAUAUAUCAAGAAAAAAUGCUGCUCCUAAAGUUCACAAAGGGGUGUCCACCAGGUAUGGGCAACAGGCAGAGCUAAAGGAGCAAAAUCAGCAUUUGAUGGCUACCAAUGAGGAGCUGCAGAAAAACCUUACAGACACACAGCAAAGAGUAGCUGAGUUGGAGCUGCAGUUCAGUGACCUUGAAAAGGAGAAUGCUGAAGUACAGAAAAACCUGAAGGACUGUCAUGUUCUCCUAGUUGCAGCCAAAAUAGACCCAGUUUUAGGAGAAAGAGUUGGAGAAGCUGCAAGACAAAAUGAAGAUCAAAGAAAAGAAGUCAUGAGUGUUUCCACAGACCUGCUGCAUGAAUUAAAAGCAUUUGGAGACGUUGCAUCACAGCAACGGGCUCGGCUAGAGGAAAUCCAAACAACAAUGACAGCACUCGCUAAAGCACGGGAACAUAUGAGGCAGGAAAGGGAGAACUUUUCAUUGGAGGCUGCGGAAAUGGAAAAAGCACUCAAGGAAGCAGAAGCUCUCUUGUAAAAGAGUUUUGAGUUUUAAAAAAGUGUAUAUUUAUGUAAAAUGUGUGUUGAGUGUGAAACUAA